AUGAAUAUGCAAAAAGAUGACUUAGCUGAAGUGACUUCUGAUGAUCAUACUACUGCAACACUAAAAAGUAACCAAAAGAUGAAUGUUCAAAGAGAUGACACAGAUGAAGUGACGUCUGAUGAUUAUACUACUGCAACACCAAAAAGUAACCAAAAGAUGAAUGUUCAACAAGAUAACACAGAUGAAGUAACUCCUGACGAUCAUACUACAGUCAAUGUCGACACUAAUGAAGCAACACUAAAAAGUAAUCAAAAGAAGAAUGUUCAAAGAGAUGACACAGAUGAAGCAACUACUAAUUAUCAUACUACAGUCAACAUCGGCACUAAUGAAGCAACACUAAAAACUUACCAAAAGACAAAUGUUCAAAGAGAUGACACAGUUAAAGUGACUUCUGAUGAUCAUACUACUGCAACACUAAAAAGUAACCAAAAGAAGAAUGUUCAAAGAAAUGACACAGAUGAAGCAACUACUAAUUAUCAUACUACAGUCAACAUCGGCACUAAUGAAGCAACACUAAAAACUUCCAAAAAGCUGAGUCUCCACAAAGAUGACACAGUUGAAGUAACAACUAAUUAUCAUACUACAGUCAACAUCUACACUAAUGAAGCAACACUAAAGAGUAAUCAAACGACGAAUGUUCAAAGAGAUGACACAGAUGAAGUGACUUCUGAUGAUUAUACUACUGCAACACUAAAAAGUAACCAAAAGAUGAAUGUUCAAAGAGAUGACACAGAUGAAGUGACUUCUGAUGAUUAUACUACUGCAACACUAAAAAGUAACCAAAAGAUGAAUGUUCAAAGAGAUGACACAGAAAAAGUGACGUCUGAUGAUUAUACUACUGCAACACUAAAAAGUAACCAAAAGAAGAAUGUUCAAAGAGAUGACACAGAUGAAGUGACUUCUGAUGAUCAUACUACAGUCAAUGUCGACACUAAUGAAGCAACACUAAAAAGUAACCAAAAGAAGAAUGUUCAAAGAGAUGACACAGAUGAAGUAACUCCCGAUGAUCAUACUACUGCAACACUAAAAAGUAACCAAAAGAUGAAUGUUCAAAGAGAUGACACAGAUGAAGUGACUUCUGAUGAUCAUACUACUGCAACACUAAAAAGUAACCAAAAGAAGAAUGUUCAAAGAGAUGACACAGAUGAAGUGUCUUAUACUAACUCAACUUUUGAAGACAGAAGUACAAAUAAUAUGAUAGCAUAUGCAGAGUUCAACCAAAUGCUCUGUGAUAUUUCUGAUCAAAUUGAUGAUGAAACAUUGAAGACUUUGAAAGAACGGUGUGGUGAUAAUAUACCAGCAGCUAUGAAAAAAGAGGCAAAGAAUGCGUAUGACAUAUUUAUAUUGCUAUACAAACAUGGGCAUAUUGGACUUGAAAAAACCAAAUAUUUGGAAAGUCUACUGAAUGAUAUUGGCAGAGCAAAAUUGUCGGAUUUUGUGAAAAAGGUCCAAAAAGGAUCGUUCAUUGAUCAAAGCGACAUCUAUCCUGAAUAUAUGGAAGCUAGUGACAAGUUUAACAGAUUGCUCUGUGAUAUUUCAGAUGAAAUAAAUGAUGAAAAACUUCAAAAUUUGAAAAGUCGUUGCGAAACAAUUAUACCAGAGGGCAAAAGGGCAAAACUGAAAAGAGUAUAUGACGUGUUUAUGGAGUUAUGCCUGAGGAAGCAAAUAACACACAGUAACACACGUUAUCUGGAAAAAUGUCUAACAGAAAUUAAGGAGGGAAGGAUGCUUGAAAAAGUGCACAUGUAUCACAGAAUGAUAAAAGGAAUCCCUGAAAGCUCAGACAACAUAAUUUCUGGCUAUGAAGAAGCUUACCCACAGUUUGAUGAAAUGAUUUGGACCAUUUCAACUGAAAUAAACAAAGCCAGCAAGGAUCUAAAGCGCUCGUUGUCGCCUUCUAAGGGGCAGAAGAAGACCGGUAGCAGGAAGUGUCAGAAAAGGUCCAAGAACGUGGCCCUUGUGGUAGGAAGUUCUGGCAUUUCCGGGGUCCAGGGAGCCACAAAGUCUCGUUAA